AUGAGCGAAGCAAUGAACGACUACUACACGCCUCUAAAUACUCCACUGGAGGCACACCUUGUGUAUCACGACGACAAAGCUGAGCUGAACGUGAGGACGCCGGCGUCCUCGCGUCAGGGGUCCAUCACGUCGCUGAGUUCCAGCAUGUGCGAUACAGAGGCGAAGGACUGCUCGUGCAGUGGCUGUGUGUCCCCGCUGGUGCAGUGCGAGAGUUACACAGACACGACGAGUCUAUCGCGCACUAACUCGAACAUUAACUCGAACAUGAACUCAAAUAUGAACUCAAAUAUGAACUCAAACAUGAACUCUAUGAACUCUAUGAGCUCGACGGUGCGCGGGUGCCGCAAACACCAUCACAGAAGACCCUCUAUGGCCCUCAAAUUCGAUAAACCUAUCGUCUACAAAUGA